AUGCCUCAGAAGGAUCCUCCCCAAACCAAAACACAUGAUGCCUAUACUGUGGGGUGGAUUUGCGCCUUGACGAAUGAGCAAACCGCAGCGACUGUUCUUCUUGACGAACGACAUGGUGAUCUUCCCAGCCCAACGACAGACUCCAACGCAUACACGCUAGGUCGUGUAGGGAAUCAUAAUGUCGUGAUUGCUUGUUUGCCCCAGGGCGUUACAGGAACAAAUGCCGCAGCGGGAGUCGCGACCUCAAUGGUUCAGACGUACCCGAAGGUCAAGUUUGGCUUGAUGGUCGGUAUUGGCGGUGGGAUCCCUCCAAAAGUCAGACUUGGUGACGUCGUGGUCAGCACUCCGGUGGGCAACUACCCCGGCGUGGUUCAAUGGGAUCUGGGCAAGGCACUAUCUGGUGGCGAGUUCAAGCAGACGGGAGUAUUGAACAGGCCACCUGACAUUCUUCUAACAGCCUUGUCGAAGCUGCAGACGCAAAACGACAUGUACGGGUCGGAAAUCUCGAAUUAUCUCACUGCGAUUAAAGACUAUCCAAAACUCGCCCGGUUUACCUGGUCUAAACGACUGAAAGACCCUUUGUCAGAGGGGGGUCGCGAUUUCUCGACCAGCCCCGACGAGAAGAUGGGUAACACCGGGCCAGCCGAAGAGAAGGCUCAACGAUCGGAGGAAGACAUGUGUGUUCACUUUGGGCUGAUCGGCUCGGGUAAUCAGGUGAUCAAAGAUGCCAAGCUUCGCGACAGACUGAAUGAGCGUUACGAAGGAGAGCUCUUGUGCGUGGAAAUGGAAGCGGCGGGGCUCAUGAACAAGUUUCCAUGUCUUGUCAUACGCGGCAUCAGCGACUACGCAAACGAGGAAAAGAAUGACGACUGGCGGGACUACGCCGCAGCCAGAGCCGCAGGUUUUGCAAAGGAGCUUCUAUCCUUCGUCCAGCCAGCUGAGGUGGACAGAGCGUCUGCUGCGAAAGACGUUGCUGGUAUUAUUAUCGAACAGGUUGGCAAGGUUCAAGUUUCUGUUUCGCACAUCGAAGACGAUUUGGCAUAUUCUCGGAAACGGUCGUGCCAACAGGAUACCAAAGAAAUACUCGACUGGUUCACGCCGGUUAACUAUGGCCCGACGCAAAGCGACUAUUUAAGUCGGCGACAAUAUGGAACCGGAUCGUGGUUCCUUGACUCUGAAAAGUUCCAGGCCUGGGUGAAUACGGACAAAACGACACUUUUCUGUCCUGGAAUACCAGGAGCUGGGAAAACAAUGUUCACGUCUAUCGUCAUCGAUUAUUUGGAAAAACGAUUUGGGCUGACCCCAAAAGUUGGCAUUGCCUAUAUUUACUGCAAUCAUAAUAGGCAGCACGACCAGGAAUUUCCCAUCUUACUUCUUAGCUUGCUGAAACAGCUUGCAGCACACUUGCCUUCGCUUCCAAAAUGCAUGGAAGACCUAUAUCACACCAAAAAGAACACCAGUACUCGACCAUCUCUAGAUGAAAUUUCAACAGCAUUUGUAGCUAUUCUUGGCCUGUACUCAAGAGUUUUUGUCCUGUUCGACGCGCUCGACGAAUCCCCCGACAGGAGCUGGUCAACAUUGCUGAAAGGACUUUUCCACCACCAAAAGAAUUACAACAUCAAUAUCUUCGCAACAUCAAGAAAUAUUCCGGACAUCAAUGAGCAUUUCAAAGCUGCUAUGUCUUCGGAGAUUUUGGAGAUUCGGGCAAAUGACAAAGAUGUCGUCAAAUAUCUUCAUGGUCACAUGGAUGAGCUGCCAUCUUUGGUGAAGGACAACAAGGAUUUGAGAACGGAGAUUAUUGAACAAAUUGCAAACGCUGCCGAUGGAAUGUUAGUUCAUACACGCGACACUAUAUCACAAUUACUGACGCUCUGCAGGUUUCUUUUGGCGGUGCUGAUGAUUCGCUCGAUCGCCGACAAGAUGACAAUGAACCAGCUCCGAGCUGCCAGCCGCCGCGACAAACAAGGCGGGCAGUCUAUUCUUUCGAUUGUCUACAAAGCUACCAUGGACAGGAUCAAUACUCAAAUGCCAGGAAAGAGGGAGCUUGCAAGAAAUGUCUUGUUAUGGCUCUCGUGCGCGAAACGACAGCUGUCUCCCAAGGCGCUCCAAGACGCUUUAGCCACUAGGCCAGGAAUGACCAGAACUACUAGUGUUGGUGACCGGCCAACUGUCGCAGAUAUGGUUUCAGUAUGUGCUGGACUGGUGACAGUCGACGAACGGAGUCAGGUCAUCCGACUAGCUCACUCUACGACGCAAGAAUACUUUGAGGAAACGAGAGAGCAUUGGUUCACAAAGCCAGACCAAUCGAUUUUGGAAAUUUGCAUAACCACUAUGUCAUCCAACUCGUCCCCGGGGUAUCCAGUCGCUAGACCUGAACUCAAUUCCCUCUCUACUUACGCCCACUAUUUCUGGAUGUCUCAUCUACAGAAGGACCUAGAGGCGACUCACACGGUCAUUCACUUUUUUAAAAGUGAAGACAUCUUCAAGAAAGCUUGCCAGACAGCCUUCAGUAUCCGCAGCAAGCAGGCGAUACCCAAUAGUAAACUUCUGGGGUUGAUUAUGGCGGCGAUGUUUGGACUCGCCAAGAUUACAAAGGUUUUGAUUGAUAGCUACAUCGAAACUCCGCUAUUGUGUGUGUAUGCGGCCGAUCACGGGCAUGCGGAUACCGUUGAACAGAUUCUAGGAGCGACUGCUACUUUACACGCUUCAUCCGGGGCGACGCGAAGAUACUGCGUUGAGAAAGCAAUGACGGCGGGCCGUGAUCUUGACACUACAUAUCGGCUACACGCGGUACCUGCGCUUAUCUCAGCUGCAGCCAAUGGUCACCUUGAGAUUGUCUCAAUGCUGUUGGAAGCCGGAGUUAAUGCCAAGGCUGCCAUUGUUGGUUUUAUAUCACACUUGGCACGUGACUUAGCCGCUUUGCGAUACCACGCUGAGAUUAUUAGGAGGCUAAUAGAAGCGGGAGCUGACGUUAAUGAUUCUUACGGCGAAGGGAUAACCGCAUUACUAGCAGCCGCGGAAGGGGGUCAUCUGGAGGCUCUGGAGAUUCUGCUAGCAGAGGGGGCUGAUGUGACUACUGGGAAGUCCCGUCAACACGGAACAGCAUUUCAAGCGGCUGUAGAGAGGGGCAAAUUUGACAUUAGGAGUAUCCUUCUAGCAGCCGGAGCUGACGUGAAUGCUCCAGGCAGCCGCCGGUUGAGGGCAACAGCAUUGCAAAUGGCUGCGAACAGGGGUCAUGUGGAGGCUAUGGCGAUGCUUCUAGAAGCUGGAGCUGACGUGAACGCCGCUGCUGUCCCUAGGGUUGCGAGCACACUACAUGCAGCCGCAAUUACAGGUUGUUUGGCACUUGCGGAAAAAAUGAGAGCAGCUGGUGCGACUAACCCUGAUUCUCCAAGAGAAAUGGGUCGAAUGCUUGGCGAUGCUUGCUUACGAGGCCCUUUUGACUUGGUACAUAAUCUCCUGGCCUCUAUACCUGAGCAAAAUCUAAGUAUUUGUCUCGAGGAAGCAAACAAGUACUGCUGGGAAUACCAUGAUCCAACAGAAUCCGCGAGUUAUUUGCUGCUUCUUCUUGAGCAAGUUCUAGCAUCACCGUUUGCUGCUGAUAAGUUCUCGGUGCACAGACUCGCCGUUGCCUAUUUCAAACUCGACUUCGCAAAGAAAUUACCACCAACAGGGCUCACAUAG